GCGGCCGUCCGAGCGCGUGUCCGCGGGGCGCGCGGCCAUGGCGCGGAAGUGCGGCCUGGUGCUGCUCGUGGCGCGGCUGCUGCUCGGCGCGGGCGUCGCGCGCAGCUCCAGCCCUCUGCCCCUGGUGCUCAACACCUGGCCUUUCAGGAACGCGACCCAGGCAGCGUGGAGGACGUUAGCAUCUGGAGGCUCUCCCUUGGAUGCCGUUGAGCAGGGCUGUGCCGUGUGUGAGAGGCAACAGUGUGACGGUACCGUGGGCUUUGGAGGGAGUCCUGAUGAGCUCGGCGAGACCACGCUGGAUGCCAUGAUCAUGGACGGCACUACAAUGAACGUAGGAGCAGUGGGAGAUCUCAGACGAAUUAAAAAUGCUAUUGGUGUGGCACGGAAAGUUCUGGAACAUACAACACACACGCUUUUGGUGGGAGAGUCAGCCACCAAGUUUGCCGAAAGUAUGGGGUUUAUCAGUGAGGAUUUAUCUACCAAGACUUCCCGAGCCCUUCAUUCGGAUUGGCUUGCUCGGAAUUGCCAGCCAAAUUACUGGAGGAAUGUUGUACCAGAUGCUUCAAAAUACUGUGGACCUUACAAACCACCUAGUAUCUUAAAGCAAGAUGGCCCUACCUAUAAAGAAACAGGAGAGAAUUACGGUCAUGAUACAAUUGGCAUGGUUGUCAUCCAUGAAAUGGGGCGUACUGCUGCCGGUACUUCUACAAAUGGUAUAAAAUUCAAAAUACAUGGUCGAGUAGGAGAUUCACCAAUACCUGGAGCUGGCGCCUAUGCGGACGAUGCCGCGGGAGCCGCCGCGGCCACCGGGGAUGGGGACAUCCUGAUGCGCUUUCUGCCAAGCUACCAAGCUGUAGAGUACAUGAGAAUGGGAGAAGAUCCAGCCCUAGCCUGCCGGAAAGUGAUUUCAAGGAUUCAGAAGUAUUUUCCAAACUUCUUUGGGGCUGUGAUAUGUGCCAAUGUGACCGGAAGUUAUGGUGCCGCUUGCGGUAAACUUCCAACAUUUACUCAGUUCCGUUUCAUGGUUUAUAAUUCCCUAAAAAAUCAGCCAAGUGAAGAAACAGUAGACUGCAUCUAAUCCAUCUUGUCUGUCAGCGUCUAUAUUUAAAGAAGAAAGAAACAGAGGCUGCGGAGGUUACUCACCAUCCUCUAUCAGGUGCCUCAUGUAGUCUACCUUCUUUGUGUGAAAUAAGCAAAUAAGCACAAGAAUAAAUGUGUGCUGAAUUAGCACUUGCGCUUUCUAUAUCAGAAA